AUGCCUGCUGAGCGGCUGCCAUCUCCAGUUCCCCAAGAACAGCCCGCGCCUAAACGGCGAAAGACUGGACCUUCUGAGCCUCAUUUCGUAAAAGCCUACAGCGGCAUGGCGUCUCGUUCAUAUGCAAACCCAACCACGCUGGAGCUGACCGAGGAGGAGACCAAGCUACGAAACCUGCUCCUCGCUGUCGCAAGUUACAUCGAUCAAGCUCCGCCCUCCGAUGGUACUGGAGUCUCCGUCGCUGAAGAGGUCGCGCAGGAGAAAGUUGUGCUGCGAUGGACAGGCGGCUGGGUCCGUGACAAGCUGCUCGGAGUGGGCAGCCACGAUGUCGACGUUGCCAUCAAUAAGACGACGGGCGAGAACUUUGGCUUGAAGAUGCUAGAGUACCUCAAGAUUCCCGGUAAUCUCGAAAAACACGAUUUCGGCGCAGCCGAGAGCGGCAAGAUCAUGUCUGGACUACACACCAUCAAGGCAAACCCAGAAGCAUCGAAGAACCUAGAAACAGCGACUAUCAAGGUCAUGGGAAUUGACCUCGACCUUGUCAACCUCCGAAAAGAGACGUACGACGAGGUUAGUCGAAAUCCGCAAAUGGAGUUCGGGACCGCAGAAGAAGAUGCGAUGCGACGAGAUGCUACCGUGAACGCCAUGUUCUACAACCUGAACACACAACAAAUCGAGGACUUCACGGAUCGCGGCUUCGAUGAUAUGGCCGCAAAGAUCAUACGGACACCUCUAGAGCCCUAUCAAACCUUCAAAGAUGAUCCACUCCGAGUACUCAGGUUGAUUCGCUUCGCAAGUCGGCUGAACUAUACCCUUGACCCGGAGACCGCAAAGGCCAUGGCAAACAAAGACAUUCAAGAAGCUCUCAAGAUCAAGAUUAAACGCGAGAGGGUAGGUAUCGAGAUGGAGAAGAUGCUAAAGGGGCCUGACCCUGGCAUGGCUCUCCGACUAAUCGACGAGGCUAGUCUGCAUGACACCAUCUUCACCGAUCCGACUCGAACAAUAUAUUUCCAACCUGAUAUCGAACAUUACCGAAAGGGAUAUCAAUUCAUGACCUCAUGGAUCAAGGAAAGGGGAAGCUCAAAAUACCCGAUCAUUCCUCAAACAUUGCUGAGCACUCGCGACGCAGAGUCUGACGAGGAGUAUCUAGCAUGGGUCUGCGCGGCCGUCUUACCGUGGGCUGAUGCACCACAGGUUCCGCCUCUAAAGAAGAACAAGCAGCCUCUUCACGCGGCUUACCUCGUAGCUCAAGAAGGUCUGAAAGCUCCUAAUCGAGUGUGCGAUGUCAUUGCGGCUUCCUUGAACAAUUACACGGUGAUUUCUCAGUUGGUUGGAGAGUGUCAGAGACGACUUGGAAAAGAGGACCCCGCAUCACCUGCUCAAAGGGAAAAAAUAGGAAUGGCGCUACGAAGCUGGGGUCGCACGUGGAGGUCACAAGUUUUCUUUGCGCUGCUGCAUGAGAUUGUGUAUGGAGAUCAAUCCACUGAAGAUAUACUUCGCCAAUACGCCAAUUUCCUCACCCUCACCACUGAUCUCGAUCUCCUGGAUGUCAUCAACCUAAAACCCCUCUUGAAGGGCACGGAGCUCGCAACGGCCCUCGGAACUAAGCCUGGCCCAUGGAUGAAGGACGCUCUCGAUGUGGUCUUGGCCUGGCAAUUGCGUAACCCCUCUGUCACCGAUCCAUCCGAUGCAAUCAAGGAAGUCAAGAAGACCAGCAAAAGUGAGCUACCCUCUCGACUUAUCUCCCAUUUCCUAACGCUUACGAUACGCCCUCUUUUCUCGCAGGCUAAGACAGACGGCAUUGGAGACACUCCGACACCCUGGAAGACGCGCGAACAUAGGUCCUUUCUGGAUUUGUUGCAAUGGUGCAUAAAGGCGGCGGAUGAGAAAGAUUUGCGGGAGUGGUUUAGAUUAAUGAGGCCUCCCAUUUUCCGGAUGCUGGAAGAUAGCGACCUCCAAUGGAAAGCAAAAGCGUGCCAGGUCAUUGCCCAACUGGUGAGAAAGGCACCAGAGAACAUGAAAGAAGAGUGUCGGGAUUUAUUCGCUGAAGAUCUGUUUGGGUGCUUCAACUAUCUCCCCACUUUGACUCCUGCGCAAGAAUCUGCGCAGUUGCUGGAGCAUGUGUAUCCGGCUUUGAUUUCUUUUGUUCCUGUAGCAGAGCAGAGGACUGCAGUAUUCGACAAGCACGCUAGGGAUCCAGCGGAGGAGCGGCAUACUAAUAGUGCAGCACUUAGCGACAAGAAUUUCCAGUUUCUCGACAAAAUCGUCCGACAAGGCGUCAUAGCGGUCCUUCAUCAUGCGCCAACUCCAACAACGUACCCCGAACUUACAACCCUCGUCUUACAGAACCUCAGUCGCCUCAUUAUCGCACUUGAGAUCGAGUGGGUCAAGCACGCGAACGACGUCCUUCCUUUACUUCACGAUAUCCUCCGCGACACGUUCAGCCCCGCGCAUCCAAAUCUUCCACUCGCAGCGGUGAAGUGUCUUCAAGCAUGCAUCGCAAAGGGAUGGCCUCGUAUGGAUACCAAACGCAUGCAGGACAUGUACCUCUCCGUCGCUACCGCCUGGGUCGAUUGCUCGAAAUACGAUAACAACCCAGAGAACCUGGAAGCACUGAGAGGUCAGUUGAAGGAAUCUGUGAUGUAUCUGGAACGUGCAUUCUAUGGAAAAGGGCUCGACGUGAAUGCGGCGAGUUGGUGGACUGGAGAGAAAGAGAGAGCUAGAAAGGAGAAGGCGCCGUGGGAAGGUGGCUUAGACUAUCCGAUCUGGUUAACAAAUUGGCUACUCGGAGACUAUUACCCUCGCGUGUUUCCGAUGCCCUUCGGUCCAAGCUUCGCCGAUCCGGGAGCUGCGCAUUAUACCAAGAAUCCUAACAACCCAACUAGAAAUAGCUCCACAAAUUCGACCGGCCAGCGCCAAUUCAAAUGGACCAACAGCAGCGACUCCGAGCACCCGAAUUCAGAUUCGUGGUACCUCUCUGUCUCAAUCAACGACACAGUGCGCAGAGGCGACGAUACUUCCGUGUCGAACGGCGGCAUUGAGCUACGGGGAUACGUAAGCGUGCCCGACAACGUGAGGAACACGAGUCUGUGCGUGUACCAGUUCGGCAGCGCAAACGUGACGCUGGACGAUAACGCCGAUGAUGGGAUGGACUCCUGUGGAGGCCUAGUGAGCGACGAGUGUAAAGACUUCAUUAAGGAUAGUUUCUUGCAUGAGUCCGUUGGGAACGGAUGUCCACUGUAUCGCAAGGCCGGCACCGAAGGGAACGAUGCGUUCAAAAAGGCUUGUCCGAAUUUGAGGGAUGGACCUGGCAGCUAUCGCACAGACAUGUCGAAUACCACUUGCGCCACGUACGAGAUUCCCAGCGUCGACGUUCCGGACGAAUAUCACUCAUACGGCACCGGAUCUAUGUCUGACGCUUUUGAAGACUUCAAUUAUCGGCCUAACAUGACCGAGGCGUAUGAUCUGUUGGUUCGUCAGACGAUACCGUUCGUUUGUGUGACGCCAAACAAGACAGUGCAGGGGAGUCGUGCUGUGCCGGAGGGCAAGGCACCUUGGGAGAGUCAGGCGGUGGGGCUGGUGGUGGGAAGGGCGGCGGUCGUUGUUGCUGGUGCGUUGGGCUUGAUGCUCAUGAUAUGA